UAAUUUUCGAGACUCUAGUUUGCAGUGAAGACUACAUUUUCCAGUAUGCAUCGCGCUUCCCGCAUGUAUUAAACGCCAGGGCGCAAGUACCCAGCCAGGGCGCGUACCCGGUCGCGCAAUGCACCUCGGGUAUUGUAGUUUUUUGGAGGCCCAACCGUUCCAACGGCCCCGGAAGCAACCACCGGAAGUGCCGCCCAAGAAGGUGGAGUCCGGGAGGUGGCGGCGGCGGUGGCGGUUGCCAGGAUCCCGCGUUGCCGCCUGAGACCCGUAAUAUGGCGGGGAGGAGAAGGAGAAGGAGGCGGCGGACCGAGCUGCUCUCUGUCAGUACAAAUUGAGCUGUUUGCUUCCUGACAAGGCCCGUGGCGAAGGAGAAAAAGCCUGACCGGGCCGUGGGAGAUCAGUGCCUACUGUGUGCUGACGCUGUUCUGUGUAAUGGGGAUUCAGUGGUGAGCAAGACUGAAAAGGUACCUGUGCUUAUGGAGCUUACGUUUUGGUGGAGGAAGACAGACAAAACCCAAGGAAAUAAACAAGAUAAUUUCAGAUAGUGUGUAAUUGUGGGAAGAUGGAGGAGUAUGAGAAGUUCUGUGAGAAUAGUCUUGCCAGAAUCCAAGAGGCAUCACUAUCCACAGAGAGCCUUCUGCCUGUCCAGUCUGAAAGCAUCUCACUUAUUCGCUUCCAUGGAGUGGCUGUGCUUUCUCCACUGCUUAACAUUGAGAAAAGAAAGGAAAUGCAACAAGAAAAGCAGAAAGCACUUGAUGUAGAAACCAGAAAGCAUGCUAAUAGGAAGAAAGCUCUAUUGACUCGGGUCCAAGAGAUUCUUGAAAAUGUUCAGGUUAGAAAAGCACCUAAUCCCAGUGAUUUUGAUCCAUGGGAGACUGAAACAGUUUAUUCUGAUUCAGAAGUCAGAAACUUGAAUGUCCCUUCCACAUUUCCAAAUAUCUUGCCAAGCCCUACUGAACACUCUACUUUAGGAAAGCUUGAAAAGACAACUGGAAUUUUGCCAUUGAAUCAUGAGGACCAAUUUAAAGCUAAUGGGACAGAUUCAGCUAGGGACUCAGAAUUAAAUUCUCUGAAGCACUGUGAUAGUUCAGAUGUUGUUACCCCCGUGGAAAAGGAAGCUUCUGCAAAGAUCCCCUCAGCAGCCCCUCAGGAAACUCUUCUGUCCGAUGGUCUCUUCCCAUCCAGUGAAGAACUGGACCCAACGCUUUUGGAGGAAGUUACUCCAGAUCCCUACAUAAUGAGUCUUCAGAACCUGAUGAAAAAGUCAAAGGAGUAUAUAGAAAGAGAGCAAUCUAGACGCAGUCUGAGAACUAGUGCGAGGAGGAGUGUCCACGAGAGUCACUCAGAUAAGGAAAACGAAGCUGUGAAAGUGACCGACUGUGGGAAGGAGAAGGCGCAGUGGCCUGGCAGACCCUGUGCUUCAGUGAUUCCAGACAAACCAAGCCUUAAUAAAUCAAAUGUUCUUCUCCAAGGUGCUUCCACUCAAGCAAGCAGCACGAAUGAGUCCGUGUUAGGUAGCUUUUCUAAAGUGGACAUACCUGUACGAACUGGCCAUCGCACUGUUUUAGACCCCGAAUCUGAUUUUAAAGUCAUUCCCACUUUUGUUCCCGAGAAUAACAUUAUCAAAAGUCUUACUGGUUCAUAUGCCAAAUUACCUAGUCCAGAGCCAAGCCUGAGUCCUAAAAUGCAUCGAAGGCAUUCGAGGCCAUCAUCAGCAUGUCAUAUCCUUAUAAAUAACCCGAUAAAUGCCUGUGAGUUAAGUCCUAAAGGAAAAGAGCAGACAGUAGACUUAGUUGUUCAAGAUACUGAUGAAAAAACAAACAUACCUGAAACUGUGCCAAAGUUACCAGUUGAUUUAGUAGGAGUUUGUCCAAGCAAGGUUUAUGUCACCAAAAAUACAUCCGAAGCCAUACAGGAAGUGGUUGUAGGUAAAUCAAAUCAGGUAUGCCAGUCUUCAGGAAAUCAGUUAGGAAACAAGGUCAUUCCUGGACUUGCCGUCGUGGAAGGUCAGUUAACGUCCGAUGGGAGAGGACCACCCAAGAUGGACAGUACGUGUCCUACAAUGCCAAGAUUGCAUGAGCCAUAUGCCACCAGUCAGUGUAUAGUGAGUCAAAACUUUGGAAGCGUGAGUGCCCUCAAGUCAGCCAGUGUGCUGGAGAAAAACACCUGCAAUUUACAAAUGGAACUGAAUAAGUCUUACGAUGUAAAAAACCCAUCUCCUUUACUGAUGCAAAACCAGAAUGCCAGACAGCAGAUGGACACCCCUACAGUGGCCUGUGGCAAUGAACUGUUUUUGGAUAACAGUUUUGAGAAAGUUAAACGGAGACUUGAUUUAGAUAUUGAUAGUUUGCAAAAAGAAAACUGCCCUUAUGUCUUAGCGACAGGAAUAGCUGAACAGGAAAGGCAGCAUUUGCCAGAAAAAAGAUACCCCAAGGGAUCUGUCUAUAUGAACAAGAAUAAAAUGUUAGAAAGUAGUUUCAAAGAAGGCGAGGAGAUAUUAAAAAGCAAGAUGUUAGCAUUUGAAGAAAUGCGGAAGAGGCUAGAAGAACAGCAUGCCCAGCAGUUAUCGCUACUCAUAGCUGAGCAGGAAAGGGAACAGGAAAGAUUGCAGAAGGAAAUAGAAGAACAGGAGAAAAUGUUAAAAGAGAAGAAGGUGAUUGCAGCUGAAGCGUCUGAAUCGGGCAGCAACAACGCGGCGGACUUAGAAUGGAGAAAAAUAAAUGAGUCUGGUUUGCUGGAAACGAUGCUGUCUCAGGUGGACUCGCUCCGUCCUUCAAACUCAAAUAGCUCUGGUUUCACAAGUUCUGCCCUGCAGCACAGCUUUGCUUCUACAAACGAAGCACCCUUCUACCUCUGGGGCUCAUCAACUAGUGGCUUGACCAAGCUCUCAGUAACAAGGCCUUUUGGAAGGGCCAAACCUAAAUGGUCUCAGGUUUUCAGUCCGGAAUUACAAACAAAAUUCAAUAAGAUAACUGCAGUGGCAAAAGGAUUUCUUACUCGAAGGCUUAUGCAGACAGAUAAGCUGAAACAACUUCGCCAAACUGUAAAAGACACUAUGGAAUUCAUAAGGAGUUUUCAGUCAGAAGCGCCAUUGAAGAGAGGAGUUGUUUCAGCACAAGAUGCUUCUCUUCAGGAAAGAGUGUUAGCUCAGUUGCGAGCCGCCCUCUAUGGUGUUCAUGACAUAUUCUUUGUAAUGGAUGCCGCUGAAAGAAUGUCUAUUCUCCAUCACGAUCGAGAAGUUCGCAAAGAGAAAAUGCUCAGGCAAAUGGACAAAAUGAAAAGUCCACGAGUGGCUCUUUCGGCUGCAACACAGAAGUCUCUCGAUAGGAGGAAGUACAUGAAAGCUGCUGAAAUGGGAAUGCCAAAUAAGAAAUUUCUGGUUAAGCAGAAUCCUUCCGAAACAAGCAGAGUCCUUCAGCCUAACCAAGGACAAAAUGCACCCGUUCACAGGCUCCUCAGUAGACAAGGCUUUGGGGAAGUGUAUCACCCGGGAAUAUUUCUAUCUGCACGUAAAGCCAUGAAAAAUUUCUCCCUCUGGCCACAAGAUCACAUGUGAAUAUGCCAGGUGGGAGGGGGUAAGUUUUGUUUUUGUUGUUUUAUGGAUUUUAAAUUGUUUAUGGUGGCAAGAAGACAAAUUCAGUAUAAAGCUAAUGCAAAGCUCUUAAGCUACUGUUUUAAUAUUUUGUGGGUAUCUUUGUUAAGACACAUUGAUAAGCUCACCAGAAAUUAUGUGAUCCAUUAAAAAAUACUUUCAAAGUGCUUUGCUUUAACUGCACUGCUUUCUAAACAUUUAGAAGAAACCUAAAUUAAUCGCUAGAAAAUGAAGAUUAAAUCUCUAAUCAAUUCUAAUCUUCCAUUAAUAUGCGAUUAGGCAUAUUUCAGAGCUUUUAUUACUAAGUGAUUUCCUCCAAAUUAGGAGGGAAUGAACAACAUAAAUUUUUUCGUGUUAUUGCUAUUUGUUCACAAAAGUUUGAAGAGGGAAUGAGAUGUACUGAUCAUAACUUUGAAGUGAUUGCUGACUUUUUGCACAUAUAUGGUGAAUUUAAUUCAUUAUGUUGCAUAUGUAGAGUAUAAUAUAAAAGGUCAUCUUUUGGAAGAUGCUGUGAGUGACAGUCAGUGGAGUUGUUUUAAAGGAGACUGUGUAGCUGAAGAUCCUGCUUAUUCCAGAGGUGUUCAGAAUCAGCUGGUUUGAAAGGUUUCUGGAAGAACUCAGACCAAACACCAGAUGUGUUGCUUGUGAAGUUCUAUGGAAUUUUAAGACCUUGGCAUUUUUCCCCCGUAUUAGAGUUAUAUAUUGUGAUAAAUCCUGGCGAGUUGGUGAUUCAUUGAGGAAUUAGUAUUGUUUUGUGUGAUAUUCUCCGCUUGCCGCGGUGAUGACGAUCCACAUUCUUGUCUCAUGCAUUUCAUCUCCACUGUUUGUCCCUCGUGAAUCUGUAAGAAGAAGAACAAGUAACGCUCAACAGUAUGGAGGAUGAAUAGGAGGUCAUUGCCGUUAGUAACGUACUGAAGUUCAGUAUCUAGAACUAGUGUGGUUUAAUUGUACUGCUUCGUAAUUAUUAAUACAAAUGAACUUACCACGUAUAAUUAUUAUAUAUCUAAACAAGUACAAAAUUUCCUGGUUUUUUUCCUAAAGAUUUAUUUAUAAAUGAGUGCCUUAUUUAUACAAAUGAAAAAGACUAGGAUUUUAUCAUUUUACAUAAAUUGGAAAUUUGGGAUAUGCCUGACUAAUAUUCUAACUGAAUUUCAACAUAGAGAGCCAUAGUGGCAGUUGGGAAAGAUCAUUCUUUCUUGCUUAGAUUUUUAAUGACCUGGAUUAUGUUUGAGACAAACUUAAACUUCAUGCUUUAUUUUGAUGUGCAUGGAGAAUGAACCCUUUAUUUAGCAAUUUAUAGAAAGCUCAUUUUUGUUGUGAUGAUAGACUUUCAUACUCUUAGACCGAAGUAGGAUGCGAAGGGCUUAUAGUUUGCUGCAAAGCAGUUAAAGUUGUUUAUAGUUCUUAUAAACUAAAUUGCAAUCUCUGAUCUCAUGUUUUAAAACAUUUGCUCAUUUGAUGUCUUGUGCUUGACUCAGGAGUUUAUAGUGACAUUCAGAAGCCACUAAUUAAAGCAAAGUAGAAGCAGUAAUGCGAAAUGGUUGUUAAGUAAAACAACGAAUCAGGUGUAACUGGGUUCUCCGAGUCUGCUUCUGGCUGCUUCUUAGGCACGUGACCUACUCUCCCACGUCUUGAUUUUAUUAUCCUUAAGAUAGUAGUAACAGUUUCUACCUUGGGAUUAUUUAUGUAAGGAUUAAGUAUGAUCAUGUAUAUCGCUUAGCUCGGUGCCUGGUUUAUAGUGAACACUAAUUAAUUGGAAUUAUAGAAAAAUUGACACUGAGAAAUAAUAUUAGUUUUGCUCUAUUUUUAGGAGUAUAUGCAGGAAAAAUCCAAAGAAAGCGGCCAAAUGUUGCGACAAUUUAAGAAGACAGCAUUCUUUAGGAUGAACAAGGGGCGGGUGGGUGGGGGGCUACACGCUUAUGACUUUUUCCCGCGCAGGACUCUUUAGUUAACCCUGGACUGUUUACACAGGCAAAGUGACAUCAAAGGGCUGAGCAGUUAUCUGCAACCUUGAUCAGUCUGGCUGUUUCUUUCUCUACACCCUCAGUAUCCUCUUAAGAUUAGGUUUGGGUGAAGACACAGUAGUAUUUAGUAAUCAACCAUCUCUGCUUAACCGGUACAAACUCAAGUUUGUUUUCUGUACCCAGAUGUCUGCUGAGAAUGUUUUUUUGUAAAUUUCAAGGACAUUUGGAUUUAUUUCUAUAAAAUGUCGAAAAGGUGUGAUAAAUUACAAAUAUGUUUGGAAAAACAAGUUUCAUUUACCUCUUCUUACUGAUUGCUAAAUUUGAUAAAUUAGAUACUAUUAUAUUCAAGGGAGAAUUAUCGCAGAAGAAUGUUUUUCUUUGGUUUUAUAAAACUUAAAUACUGGUUAAUUUCUCAGUCUUCAUAUUCUUGGACUUAGAGUAUAGUCUCAUAGGAGAAAACACUUGCCUGCUGAUUGUGGUCCCUCCAGAAUUUACCACAGAAGGAGCUGGGGGCCACCGUUUUGGUCACCAGUGUACAUUCGUCUUAACCACUAGUUGUCUUGUGCAGAAAUGUUAGGUUUAAUGUAGGUUACCCCAGUACUCUUGGAAACACUCCUCCUAAAUCAUAAAAUCUUUCUGUGGAGGGUAACAAAUUAGGGAGAUAGCACGAUCUUGAAGGUAGUAGCACCUAGGAGUGAAUCCAUGCGUCCAUUCUGUAAUGUUGAGUCACCCUGCAUGCACUUCUGUUUUCUUGGUGUUUUGCACAUUUUGUUCCUUCAUAGGCUGUUUUUUCUAGCUUGGCUGAUAUUUAGGAGACACUAAAGGGCUAUACAAUAAGUUCAGACUUUCCAGUGGGAUAGUAAUAUUGUCGAGUUGAAAUUCUGCAUUACUGAUACAUAAGGUUUUCAUCACUAAUGUAUUCAUUUAAAAUAGAAACCAAAAAAUGUUACCAAGGGAACAUGAUUUUAUGGAAGAGAAUGUCACUGUUAAUUUAUCAUGCCAUUUCCAAAAAGGGCUUUGUGCUUCUCACAUAAAAUUGGGACUGUAUACACUUACUCUUUCUAACUUGAAUUUUAAAUAAUUCUGGUAUUUUGAAAAUGCAGACUAUAUAUAUUCUUAAUAUCCUUUUAAGAAGGUGGAGAUAAAGAUUGUUUUCUCCAAUUUUCUGUCCUAUUUAAAAUUUAGCUGUUACAUCCAGCUGUAGAUAGGCAAUAAUAAUCUACUCUGGGUGUAAACUUGAUUUUCUUUAUUGAGAUAUGUAUCAUUUAUCAUUUAUUAAAUGAGUGAGGCAGGAAAUCAGAAGACAGUAAAAAAUGUCUGAGUUACCAAUUUUUUUAUUUGUAGGCAAAGUGUAUCAAAAUAUCUUAAUAUGAUAAAUUGUGCUUUAUCAUUCUGAAAACUCAGGAUACACCUUACUCAUAUCAUUGUGGGUCUUUCCAGAAAGAAAAGAGAUGCUACAAGUUUUGUGCACAAUAAUGCAAAUUAGCUAAAACAAAUAGUAUGUUUUGGAGAAAGUUAAAAGUAGCUUUAGAUGAAGGUUGAGAAAUGGGAGUGUUUUUUGUUUUUUGUUUUUUUAAGGUAAAAGCAUGUGUGUUUUACACCUAUUUUAAUGUUCACAGCUUCUUCUCAUAAAAGUGCCAGAAAUUGUUUUGUGCUUUUAAUGGAUUUUUUAUUUAUAUACAUUAUUUUUGUUAUUUUUACUUUGAGUGGAAUGUUCAUUAAUGUAAAUUGUAUUUAUUUUUAUACUUUAAUUUUCACUAGUUUUGCUUCUAGGCAAAAGGCAAAAUAAACUUUUCAUCUUAAAAGAAAU